CGUUAUUUGAUAUGGAUCAACGCCCUAUCUCAUAAUAUACAUGUGUGAAAUGGUGAGAAGUGGAUAUAUUGAAAGUUCUGAUGGUUAGGGUUUUUGUGCUUAAGCGAGGAAAACAGGGGUGAGUCGGACGGGGCGUCCAGGAGAUUGGCUUGGUGGGGUUGGAGGGCAGUGACGUGCGUGAAUGAAGGGGAUCCUGAAUAACGUGGAUUUGGGAUCAAAAGAACUAGAAAGUAAAUGAUGAAAAGGAGAACGGUAGACAGUUCCAAGAAGGAUAAAUCCAAACUUUCUAUCAGAACCUAUGGGGUUUAGACUGAGCAAUCUGCUCGCCCCAACAAUUGGAAACAGUUUUGGCCCGCGCAUAUCGCGUUCUACAUGCCAAGUUGGACAUUAUCGGAUUUGAGGAUGUCCACUACAUACAUCUCAAUUCAAGCUGCUCAGCCUUCAUCUUUAACCUAAGUUCUGGAUAAUACCUCAGCCCGCUGACCUAGCAUCAAACUACUCGUUGCUGUUUAUCCACAAGUCACAAGAUCUAUUGCCAUGGAAGUCUAAAGUGAGGGUUGGAUGACAGUGGUUACCAAAAGUACUGGAUACAUUCUUUCAGAACAGCUGCUGGAUUUAUCCGGUUUUCUAUGCUGAUGAUAUUGACUUGGUGGAAUUUUAAGUUCCGGCAGCACGAUCGGAUCGGCAGCCAGCAUAUUUACCCGACCACUAGAUCUAUUUUCAACCAAGUUCAUGAUCACCACCAAAUCUUGGGCACAUAUUCCGGCUAUGCAUCGCAAAUGUGGGGUAAUAGCCAUGCAAAGCCGUUCCUGCGUAUUUACAUAUCAAAGCCUCCAAUGAGAAAUCUUUUCCUUGUCGUUCUGUGACAUCGUAGGAAGUCGAGAACUUGGAAAGGGGCAUCGCUAAGAUCAAAACUCACUAAGCGAGUCUUGCAAACCCAUAAAUUCCCCUGGAACAAAAUUGCCAAAGUUUCACUUAGACAUAUGAAUUGCGGGGGAAUGCAACUGCGCCACCGAAUGUGUACUGGAACCAAGAUGGCAGCCCCGGUAGUAAGGACUCCGUCCGAUGCGCCGGGGCGCGUGUCUCGGGGCGGCAGCUUCGUUUACAGGAUGCUUCUCCGGUAUGACGAGCUUCGGUCCUUGUUCUGGGCGUUACUGAAGGUAGAUGGGUAUCCGCUGUGGAGUCUUUUGUAAAGCUUCAUGGGCAAAUGGGCAAAUGGGCAAAUACAAAAGGGGGACAGUUCCCUCUUGUCAAGAGUUUUGUUCCACCACUUCAACUUUGCUCACCAAGUCAAGUCAAGUCAAAAUGGUUUCAUUCACCUCUCUCCUCGUCGCUGUCUCGGCUAUUACUGGUGUCUUCGCUGCACCAAAUGUUGCUGUAGCACAACGGUCCCCUGGAACUCUCUCCGAACGUGGCGGAACUCCAAGUGCUACUGGUACAAACAACGGAUUCUACUUUUCGUGGUGGACGGACAACGGUGCCCAAGCGACCUAUACCAACGGACCUGCUGGGCAAUACAGCAUCACCUGGUCGGGUAAUGGAAAUCUCGUUGGAGGUAAAGGAUGGAUGCCUGGAGCUUCAAACAGGGUUAUCAAGUACACUGGCAGUUACAAACCAAAUGGAAACAGCUACCUCGCUGUCUACGGAUGGACCAAGAAUCCGUUGAUCGAGUACUACAUUGUUGAGAGCUUCGGAACGUACAAUCCCAGCAGCGGAGCUACGAAGAAGGGAACGGUUGUCGCCGACGGAGAUACUUAUGAUAUCUACCAGAGCACCCGCACCAACCAACCAUCCAUCAUCGGCACCGCGACCUUCCAGCAAUACUGGUCUGUUCGCCGCAACAAGCGCUCAAGUGGAUCAGUCACGGUGGCUACUCACUUCAAGGCCUGGAAUUCUCUAGGCAUGAAGCUCGGUGCUUUUGACUACCAGAUUGUGGCGACCGAAGGUUACUUCAGCUCUGGAUCUUCCACCAUCACAGUCUCAUCUUAG